GUGCCUCACAAUCAAACCCAGACUCCCAAAGGUCGUCCUUAGCAUACAACCAUCGACCAUGCGGCUCUACAACCAAGGCUGACGAUUCACGGGUAUUUGACCGUAUGGCCUAUGACAGAAAGGAAGGGUAAGCCUUUGUGACCAACUUGAUGGCUCUCCAGCGGCAAAUACGCUCCUCCGGUCUGGAUGGCCCUGGACCUAGAGGCUUCUCUUUGCACUUGGACUCUCACCCACAUCAAGGACAGCAAUCCAAAUACCAACGUGCAUGUCCGCCGAGGGCCAGCACUCUGCCCUGUUGGUAUUUCUCGGGUGGCUGGUGUAUUUGCUAUACAUCUGACGCCUGCGAUAUCCGGAACAUGGAGAUAAGGGACGUACAUUUGCGCCUGCAACAACUGUGCAGCGGAUAUACAAUGGAACAGCAGCUGCCAUGCUCGAUAAACGAGCGUCACUUCAUGGUAUCACGGAGGAGCCUUACCAGUUGAAUGACAAUCUGCAAUCGACCCGCGAGACGCGUCGAUUGUGCGUCCCAGACCUUCCGCAGUAUCAAUCACGUCAACUCCUCGACUUCUAUCCAUGCGGUGAUGCAGCCCCUUUCUGGAAAAUCUUCGAAAGUAUGACAGGAACAAGGCACGUUCGAGGGAAGGCGAGUCCUCGCACCGGAAAACUCUCUCUUGCUCUGUAUGGCUUCUGUGGCUCAAAACGUCGGAAGUGGAAAUGAAAUAUGCCGGCGAAAACU